AUGCCAGGACGCGUCAGGAUGCUCGGCGACGCGGACGUACUCGGGCUCAACUGCCUCAUUGCUGGCGACGGGCUCAACAACGUCUUCCAUGUUCGAGUGGGCAAACGGUGCACAGUCGCGGAGUUGAGGGCGAUUGUCUGCAGAGAUGCGGCCGUGCGGGCUCGAUUCCCAGAUAUUGGCAUAGAGGGAAUCGUCUUGUGGAAGGUGUACGACGUACCACAGAUCCUGCUUCCCCCUCAAGGCUCGAGGACCAACAGGAGUCGUUUUGGGGAAGCCAGCGAACCUCUGUUACUUGCCGACAUCUUCCGGGACUCGCCCGUACAUGAUUGCUUGCACGUACUGGUGCAGCGGCUACGGCAACUCGACGCUCAUUCUAGCCCGCAGGAGACUAACGAUGCGCUCAGGCGUCCGUCACCAAGCGGAACACCAUACCCCGGCCCUGGUUGGGGAGACGGUGGCUACUCUGCGCCCAUCGGUCGGCCAUCUGCACUUGCUCUGAAUUCGGACCCGUGGUCGGGGCCGCCCGCGCUUCGCAGUGCUCCUGUGGGGCACCUACAGCAACGCUCGGCGAACAUCUCGCCAAACUCACUAGCGUACAGUAAAGCAGUCGGUGGCCAGACAUCUCAUAUGGCUAGUGUAUGGGGAAUUGAUGGUGCGGACCCGUCAAGUACACAGGUACAGCAUGCCGGAUCAUUUACACCCAGUUCCACAUUUCCUUCGUGGGGCCUAUCUUUAAGUGCACCGCGAUCAGCAGCAUCGUCGCCAGGAAGGACUGCGUCUUCUACACAUCAGGAGCAUCUGGAGAAAGCCAUAUUUGAACUUGUCGAUGAAGACGCCCACGAUACAUCAGACAGUCAAAUGCAAAUGCACUCUCCUACGCCAGUUGACCGUAUCAAACCUUAUAAUCGAGGCAGCCAGGCAUUCAAUUCCCCUCCCAUUACUACCAAUCUCCACGCCUCCCUCACGUCUAGCCCACAGUCCUUACCCGUUCUAACGUACAAUAAUACCCCUCCGAUUUCGCCGUUACGCAGUACCCCGUCAUGCGGCAGUGCCUCCCCCGUGAGCGAUACGGUGACUUCUUCGCCGUUCCUCAGCAUCUGGAGCCUCCCUUCCGACAUCACGAGCCAUACCUCCCUCAUAGCGUAUUUAAGACGCCUUAAGUCCAUUGCCCGUUUCCAUCUCAUCAAUAUGUUUCGCACGCGCCCGGCUGGACAGCAAGUCUUCUGGCUAGAAUUCGCUAGUGCCAACGAAGCCGUGCAAGUGCGCGAUUUCUUGGUGGUCAAGAAGGCGUCUACCGGCGAGCUAGUGGAAUGCCCGCUUGUUUCGGAAGAAGAAUACCUCGCCGCGUCAGAGAUGGCAGGAGAAGCAGACAAGUGGCCGAAUCCCCAUGGAUUGACCAACAUUCCUGCCCGCCCUACUGCAUCGGUUAUCCCACGUCCCCCGCACGUCAUGAAUAAUGCCCAAGGGCUUCCUGUCAUGUCACAGAUGCAGUUUCAGAAGCACCCACCGCAGCGGCCAACACAGGAUGUCUCCGCACUUGCGACUCGGACGCGCAGUCUAGACCAACAAACAGCCCACAGCAUCCCCACCUUCCAUAGCCCGGAGAGAACCUCUGGGACCUACUCCACUAUACCAGUACGAUCUAUACCAUCGCCAUCGCCAUCAGCACUACCUCAUCGAUUGGAAACGCUACCCGAGGAUGCUGAAGCCUCGGAAUCCGAGACGGAUGAGACGGAUGAGCUCUGUGAAGCUCAGGCUAGUCCUACAAACCUUCAGAGCAAGACCCCCCUCAUCGGUGCCAAAUCCCUGUCUUCCCUCGAAGACAAUCACACCACCCCCACACGACCUCAGCAGCUGCCACGAAUCGGACGAGUCCAACGCAGCGUCUCUGUGCCCACCAUUCUCUCUGCUCGAUUGGCUUGA